AUGAUGCCUGGGAGGACCCUGCGCAAGGCCGCGCAGCCCGCCGCUCCCGCAGAGCGGGAGGUGGUGGCGGAGUGCGCCCUCCAGCUGCGCAGGAUAGGCGACAAGUGGGACCUGCGGCAGAAGAUCCUGAACCUGCUCGCAAAGCUGUUCUGCCCCGAAACGUGAGCUCCCCUCGGACACGGUGUGCUGAAAAGCAGGGGAAGACCUUGGCUUUGUGGAUU